CUGAUCCAGAUCUCUAUGUUGGGCCCCCACCACCUCAUCCCCACCCCACAUUCUCCUCUCCGCUGCCGCUCCGGGUCCCGUCCCGCCUGUUGGUCCCUGAGCGCCGGAACCUCCACGACCCCGAAUGGGCCCUGGACGGCAACGAGUGCCAGUUCUCCACCGCGCACAGCACGCCCCGACUUACUAGCUCCUGCCGAUGCGGGCCCAGUGGGCCCGUCACCCCGUCCAACAGGAGCGCCUGCGGAGACGACUCCUGCCUUGGGGCAAAUAAGUGGGAAGUCCCCGAAUUACAUGGCGAGCACAGAGUCGUCCGUGGCGAAGCUGAGGUCGCAGAGCGCGCCAAAGCAGAGGCCUGAGCCGGGGUCUAAGAGGCGGCUCUCGCUCCACGAAGCGAUGGGCUCGAGGAGCAGCUUGAGCGGGGCUAGGAUGCAGAGCGCUUGCUCAAGAGCCCAGGAGGUGAUUAAUUUCAAGAAUGCCAUACUAGGUAAGCUUGAGAGGCACAGUGAAGGUGGCAAAGAGGUGGACAAGAGGAUGUGGUGAAGAUUUGCGUGGGGAGGAUAAGAAUUUUUCUUCUUGUUCCUGCUUUUGCCCACUUAUUAUGCUUAAGGACAAUGUAAUAUUACUCAUCUAGAGGGAAUGAAUUGGAGAUUUUACAACAAUGAUUUUCAUCAAGAA